GUUAAUUUUCGGUUUAUUUUUGGGUCUCCGAUUUGCAUAUGUAUGAGAGGGCACACCCGAGGACACGGAGACGCCCACACAUGCACAUUGCCGCAUUUUGAUGGGCUUGAUGUGCUGCAUAGUGUUGCGUGGGACCGGUCAUAUAAACAGUGCAUUGUUGUUAUCGGUGAAGUGGCAACUGCAUCGAUUCAGCGCGCAUUCCAAACAUUACGGCCAGGCAGGAUCGUUACCAGGCUGCGAACGAUGGUUGUCCGGGGCGAUGAUUGGCUCUCAGGCUCUGGUCAUUCAAUUUGAUUACCUACACGGCCAGCGAGGGGGCGAGCUGAGUUGUGUGUGUGCGUGUGUGUGUGUGUGUGUGCAUUUUAUUGAUCGACAUUUUGGGGCUGGUAGGCAACUCGCACCGAGUUGAUAAUAAAUGCAAAAUCGUUCUUUUUGUGGCGCAACAGAAAAAUUGUGAAAUUCGCGCACUUCCUGCAACGCAAGCAACAAAUGUGAAAACAAAGUGCUAACAAAUCAAACGGAAAGCGCAUCCGAACGAAACCCCAACCAGUGAAAGGGACAGCUAACCGGAAAACGCCGACGGCACAGCAAAUCGAAUACAACUGGCAUCCGUUCGAAAGGACUGAGAUAAAUCAAUAAUAGAAGCUUGUGCAACUGCCGAUCGGUACACAAUCCAAAAGAAAAGUCCAUGCUAAGCUCCGUUCGUGCAACUCUCCGUUCGCGGUGCGGCAGCAAGUGCGUGUGCAGUUUGGCCGAGUGGCAGCAGCGCCUGUAAUGCCGAUGGUGAAUGCCGGUUAACGCCCCUCGCAUAGGAGCCAAAACCAAAGCCAAGGCGAAAGCCAAAGCCAAGCCAGCCGGCGGCAACUGGAGCUUCAGCUCAGCUCGCAGGAUAAUGGAUUACACGCAGGCCAAGUGUUUAAUGCUGUCCUUUCUGUGCGCACUGAGUGCGGCCCGCGCUGAAGGCGAAAUAAUAUUUCGUAUUGAUCCCUUGGCUCUUUUAUCGGCCACACUGCGCACAUAUCAGAAGGCGGCCUGUGAUACGGAUCAGGUGGUAAUUGCUUGCCCGCGCGGCACCAGCAUUUCAAUCGAAUUUGCCCAGUACAACAAGUUUGUGGCGAAAGAUGGCUACAGCAUUGAGGAGUUGUGUCCCAUCUCUGGCACUGUAAAGCCCGAGAUUCGCGGAAAAGCAAAACACUUGCUGCGGGGCUCCAUUUUUGGCUCCACCUCGCAAAAAGUGCCCGCCAACCGCUAUGUGAACGGCGGAUAUGCCAUUGCUGUUGAAGUUCCUACUAGCACCAGUGGACCAGGAGGAACCAUUACCGAAUCUUCAGCGGACAAUGCUCAAAAAAGCGACAGCUCUUCUGAAAACUGCAUGUGGCCAAAUGCUCUUCAGUACUCCUUGCUGCAGACUGUGGUGGAGGCCUGCCAGAAGAAAAAGCAUUGCAAGUUUCACGGAUCCCCACAGUUUUACGGGCUGGGCGCCAGCGGAGUGGGCGAUUCAUCCGGCACCAGCAGCUAUCACAGCAGUACGGCCAGCUCCAAUGCAAUCAGCAACGACCCCUGCCCCAAGCGCAGGAAAAUCGUCGAGGUCGCCUACAAAUGUCGCCCAUAUGAGUUUCGCAGCAAGGUUGCCUGCCACAACGAUGUCGCACAGCUGGAAUGCAAUCCGUACUCGCGGAUUGCCGUUUACAGUGCAAGCUUUGGGCGCACGGAAUACGAGAGCAUUCAGUGUCCACAGCCGCAGGGCGUCCGCGAGGAGACAUGCCUUGCCUCGUUCGCCACGGAGACUGUGAUGCAAAUUUGCCAUGGACGAAGGCGCUGCAACUUGGCCGCUGAUGCGAAUACCUUUGGCACCCCGUGCCAGCCAAACUCGCGAAUGUAUUUGAAGGUUGUUUACACAUGCGUGCCGAAGCAAGUGUUAAAGGAGAGCAACGAGUCAGAGGUGGAGGCUGACGAAAUGGAGGACUUUGAGGGCGACAUCAAUGACCUGUACGACGAUGAGCUCAUCUACAAAGAGUCGGAGGCCAUUCCCAAGCUAUACAGCAACACAACCAAAACAGUUGCAGGCAACGGAACUAGCGGCGGCGGUCUCGCUGCGAACUCCAAUCCAGAGGGUAUUCACACCGUAACAAACGGCUCACUGGACUCAGAUGUGGAUGGCAGUGGCGUCAAUCCGGUGAUGACACACAGCGCCGACUUAAGUCUGGAGGACGACCAGCAGCGUCUCUAUUUAUAUCUCUUAAUUGUCGGAUUGGUCGGUGUCCUCUUCUCCAUUCUGAUUAUGACCACGCGCCUCGUGCUGCAGAAGCGGCGUAUGGCCAGCGACACGCAGUCCAAUUCAUCUACAAAAGGGGGCACCGCUGGAGGCCUGGGCGACGAGACGACCAUCCCAAGCGGCUUUAACGACACCAUUUCUGAGAUAGACGCCGACAUUGACCUUACCACUUCCAUACCAGUGCCCAGCGUAUCAAAGAACGAGCAGAAUUACAUCACUUACGCGCCUGCCAGCAGCUUGUAUACCAGCCUAGCGCCUAGCCAGCUGGCGACAGUUGGCGGACCUUGCACUGCCUCCGGCUUGAUUCCCAACCCCCUCUUAAUGGGUUCACGGCAGUCGCCGGACCUCAUCGGCAUAUCGCCCAGCACUUAUAUAGCUACAAGUAGCGCCGGCAGCGCACCUGCUGCACAGGGGUCCAUGGCGAGCAUUUUGGCACCGGCUAUUGUAAUAGGCGGGAACGAUCCUAGUGGAGCUUUGCCCGGCAGCAGUGGCUUAAACACCAUGUUACCCAUUACAUCUCUGAACCAGUACACAACGGCGCCCACCAUUCGCGGUGGCUAUAUCAUUAAUGCCGAAGCCAUGAGCGUGCUGCAGAGACCGAGCAACACACCGACGCCACCCUCCUCUUUAGCUAGCGGCUCCCCGGCGCACCCACCGACACAACAGCCGCCGACUACAUCGCCUCUUGCAUUGACAUCGCUAAGUCAUGUGCCUGCCCCUGGCACAUCAACAUUGCGCCGCACAAAGCCCGGUACCACAGCUAUGCUCCAUCCUCAGCUGUCCUAUGACGGCACGGCUCCGCGUACUCUAUCAACUGGUUUACCGGUGAGCUCGCAGUUUUAUUACGGAUGACCAAGCACGGGGGACUGUGAGCCUCACGUGUAUACUACAGCCAUCAACGUGACCACCCCUAACGUCCAUAGCUAUACCAGACAGGAUGUCACAGGUACUCAGGCAGAGUCCCUCACGGGCUCCCAUUCAGACGCUGCUCAUGUGCCGGCAGCUAGGCCCUAGCCACAAGCCAACAAUGGGUCAACAGUACCCUUGGCCACUUCUAGCAUAAACGACAAUACAAAUUUACAGGGGAAUGAACUAAGCCCAGAGACCUCCUGCCAGAAUCGGAAUCAGCAAGAACAAAAACAACAACAGGUGUGUAACGAGUAGAUGGCUCUCAGAGUCUGGGCAACAAUGGCUGAUGUCUGUUUUUAAAAUAUAUGUAUACAUAAAUGUAUUUAAAUGGACGAGCUUCCUGUAACUGUAAAUUACUAAUGAAUGGAACGGACGCGCACUUGCAAGGUCCUAGGUCAGUUCACAGUAAGGUGCAAUCGCAUAGAAAAGUUAGGGUAGAAUAAUUUGUAGGCUAAGCAUAGAAAUGUUGGUCUGCGCAGAGUUCUGCACGUGCGUGAAUGAUAUAACCUCCUGAUUUCACAUAUGCUCACUUACUUCGACAACCUUUUUAAUUUACAUCCCUUUUUUAAUAGUAUCUGGGUUAAUUGCUUUUUUCUCAAUGUUUGAUUACCCAAUCGUUUUCAUGGCAACGGAACGAAUUACACAUUAGUGGGAACAACAAGUGCCAGGCACGACUCUCUACGCCAUAAAAUUAUGCGAUCUAAGCGGACAAAUGAAAACAAAUUGCGGGAGGCUCAUUUAAUGUUAUCAAUAAUGUAAACGCACGCAUAAAUAUAAACACAGAUGCCAUGAAUACACAGCAACAACAGGCUUCAGAAUAACAAACACUCACAUACAUCAAGGAUGCGAAGCAGCAAAAUUCCCAAAGUCGUUGGCAAAGGGAAAACUAAUGGGUUGUCAGAGCCGAGCUUCGGGAAGAGAUGCGAGCCUCAUAUAUGUACAUAACUCUAUAGAUGUGUGCGUGUACGCAUACACCCCCCAUAAAUAUCACGAUAUUUCCAUUUCCCUACCAAAAGGAAUCUUCAUAAUGGUCUGCACCUAUAAAUGUGAAUGAGAGAGAGCGAGGAAGAGGGAGAGGGAGAGAGAGUGACCUAGAGUUCAUAGCUUAUGCGCGUGUGUGUUUGUGUGCGUUGAUUAGGGCGAUGAGGCUCAUAAACGCUUUAUUGGGAGGGCUAUCAUAGCGGACAGGUUACGUUGCAGGAGGUGCCAUCAGAAUCAGGCGUACAACUUGUUGUAUGAGCGAUUCGCGUGUGUGCAUAAUUCAGUGGUAUGUACUUUGGAUUAAUGCGCUUUAAAUGGAUGAACGUAAUUAAUAUCCGGCCCCCGAAUAGCUAUGCCUGGGGUAUAGGAAGCGUCUGGCCAGCGAGUUAAUGGAUUGCUCCUGCGUGCCAAGGUGAGUAGGUUUCUCAUACCAAUGCCUACAUAGCUGAAUAUACUUUGCAGUUUAGGCCUGUGUGAAUGUGUGUGGGAAUGCUGCUGCAGACAACAUUUUAAGAGAUAGUCAUAGACUUGUAUCUUUUCCGUUGCAGAUCCAGAUCUGCACAGGCUAUAUAUGUGAAUGUGAAAAUGCGUUCUACAGCAUUUUGAGUUUUUGUUGGUCUUGUCGGUUCUCAUCUCUUUGUUAAAGUUGACUCUAUUGUUUCAAAUGUCAAGUGCCUUCCUAAAUAGCAUAUAAGUGUGUUCUUUAAUAUAAGUUGGAGUGCAUCCAAUCAACGUGUAAAUAAUCAGAACAAUAUAGAUAUAUAUAUAUAUAGCCCAAAUACAAUACGAUAGUACUACAAUUCACGUUUUAAAAUAGCCACCCGACCCCCAAUUAGCCAAAUGUGUACAUAAGAUGUAUAAAAAAGAAACAUUCCGGAAAAUAGCACAAAUUAAGCAAACAAAUAGAUCGAAAUGCUGGCCGUAAUUUAAGUACAGUUGCAUCCAAAAAGAACCCGAACGGAAACAAAAACACACUUUACUAACUAGCAAAUUGUUUACAUGCGGUGUGUUUUUGUUCCUUUGGUUCUUUGUGGUCGGCUGUGAGUUGCAGUCUUCCCGGUUCGUGAAUAGAAUAGGAUAUGAAUGGAGUUAUCCAAUUACCAAAUAACAAUUAAUGUAUGUUCACAAUAGAGAAGUUAUUAAAUAUAUGUAUAUAAAAUAUUCGUGUUUCGCUAAAAAUUAGGAAAUGAGCUCUGCGAAAUGCAUUAUGAAUAGGCAGUUAUCGGCUAGGCGAAUAGUUCGAGUAAUUGGUAAUAUAACAACUAUUCGUAGAAUUAACUCAUUAAAAAUACAUACAGGCGUAUAAUUAAAGACCCCAUGGCAUUUUGCAAUUCCAAUCGUACGUUUAGGUACUGCAUCAUGAAAUUAAAAAUGCUCGAUUAUAAAUAUGGAAAAUGUUAAUUGAAAACAAAGCAUAGAAUAAAGUUUCUACUUUAACUAAAACUGUGAAUAUAAUUUGGCUAUAGUUUUUUUUUUCAAUUAUGUAU